CACUGUGUCUGUUGGCAUUGUUGAGGAAUGCUCUCAUAAGGUGUCAGUCUGGUUAUGGACUAACUUGCUCGUUGGCAUUCUGUUCAUUCUAAUCUCUGUUCCUGGAGACUCACACCCUCAGACCGGAGCACACCGCGCUAACACACCGACUAAGGUGGGUUGAAGGAAGCCACAGCCGGGUGUAGGACCACAAGCAGAAAGGAAACAAGGCAACCGUGAGCUGGCUGACCGGGAUUGGAUGGAUUAAUACGAUAUCUGCAAGGACACCCAAUGAUAGUAUGUUAAUGAAGAUGUUUUUUGGCUCACGUACGCGCCAACAUCAGGUGUUUGUUCACUAAUCAAUCGUUCCAAGGACUGGUUCCUUGGUCAGCGUUGGCUCACCAUCGAGAAGCAAGUAAAAUAUCCGUCAUAUACAGAGUGACCAAACACAACUACUUGGCAUUAAUUCUUAAUUGGGAAACAUCAUGAGAAGAAACUGGACUCAAAUGGCGUCAUGGGGAAUAUUAUACAGUUUUUAGAUGACCGAUGGCCGACGUGGGAGGAAGCCCGUUCUCGAUGAAGGUGGAGGAGAACUCCCAGAGUGUGAUCCUCACCUACUUCCAGGGGGACAUCGGUAGCAUGGUGGACGCACACUUCUCCCGGGCCCUUGCCAGGGCCGACAGGGCCAAUCCCAUCAAACCCAAGAAGAGCUUCAAGUUCCUCAAAUCAGAGGACCCAACUACCUGCCAGUGGACGGCCAGCUCCCCUGGCUCCUACCCGGAGGCGCAGUUCCUGAGCCGCAAGGGGUCCCAGGGCGGCCUGCCCUUCAGCCCCGUGGACCAGGCGCCCUCCGGCUGGCAGCCCUUCCCCGUCCGGCAGGCGGGGGGCCCGGGGCUGCCCCCCAUCCCGUACUCCAUGAGCGCGGAGGGCCAGAGCCUCACGGAGCAGCAGUACGCCACGUCCCUGCUCAACCUGCUGCACAGCGACCGCAGCGAGAUGGGCCCCGGCCUGGCCUCCGGGUCCAAACCCGAGCUGAUGCCUAGCUGGACGGGGCCGGCCGCCUUCAGGGACGCCUUGGAUCCCAGCGCUGACUUUGAUCCCGGAAGGAAUGUGGACAAGAAGGUCCUCUACUGGUACUAAAGAAACAAGUUUUUGCCCGAGUGGAGGGGGGGGGCAGUUAACAGACUGGUAAUAACUGAACCCAUGAGCCCAGCUCAAGCAACGGCUACCUUUCCACACGCUCUGCAAGAAAGUGUCUGUCUGGCAGAUGUGUUCUCGCCAAACCGGCCACUGAGCCGCCCCCUCAAACGAGGAAGCACUCACUUCCUGGUCUUGCCCCUCUCUCUCUCUCUCUCUCUCUCUCUCUCUCUCUCUCUCUCUCUCUCUCUCUCUCUCUCUCUCUCUCUCUCUCUCUCUCUCUCUCUCUCUCUCUCUCCCUCCCUCCCUCUCUCUCUCUCUCUCCCUCUCUCUCUCUCUCUCUCUCUCUCUCUCUCACGGUCGGUGUGGAAUGACUGUGGCCUCGACACGCAAAAAAUCCCAAAAGCGUCCACGCCUCCGGCAAAGCAGACUCUUGGUACAGAAGGCUUCUCUGACUAACCUGUUCUCCCGCUGCAUCACCUUGAUGCACCUCAUCAUAAACCACAACAGUCGCUGCACUGCGCUGCGCCAGCCUUAAUAUUAGAAGAAUUUCAAAAUAGACUAAACAUGUUCCCUCUCUCUUGGUAGGCCAGUAUUAAGGUGUUGUGGUAGUAGUGGUAGUAGCAGUGGUAGCAGUAGUAGUAGUAGUAGUAGUAGAAGUAGUAGUAGCAACAGUAGUAGUAGUAGUUGUACUGUGAGUCUAUCUACUAUUACUAUUUACAUCUUAGCAGACACUUUUAUCCAAAGUGAUUUGCAGUGAAUUUUCUUUCCUUUUUUAUAUAUAUACAUGAUACUGUGUAUGCAAUUGUUGAUGUUUUUUUUUUUGAAGAAUAUAUUAUAUAUUUUGUUUAAAUAGCUAGCUGUGUGAUGAACAAAAUAAGUACUUUUUAUAUGGUUUAUGGUUUUAUUUGGGAGAAUACGGACCAAUUUAUCCUAUAUAUAUAUAUAUAUAUAUAUAUAUAAAUGCCGUCUAUUUUUUCCAAUAAGGGCACAUUCAUUAAACAGUUGUUAAACAUUCAAAAAUAUUUAACAGUUAUUUUUGCAAAUGUUCUGGAAAACCUUCACUAAUGGGGUUCACGUUACCUAAGGUAAUGGUGUUCACGUAAUCUAAGGAAUUAAUAUACAUUAUUUAGUACAGUUAGGGUUAACCAUAAACCUUACGCUAAUGCUAUAUAAUAAUGCAUAUAACUGCAUAUACUAAUGUCAAUUAAUUAAUUAAUUAAUGUCCCAUGAUUGGAUGGUGUUACCCAUUAUUUCUAAAACAAGGUAAAACGAAUACAUAUAAAUACUGGAUAAAAUGUGACACUACAACACAAAUGAAUAUGUACAAACAUUCAUAAUAAAUGAAAUGCCAAAUCUGUACAAAACGGAUCGUAAUAACACAAUAAAAUGCAAUUGUAUUCCGCAAAAAAAAAA